AUGGCUACUACAACUGACUUUGAUCCAAGGUGUAAUAAUACUUCUGAUUAUAAAGUCCUGCUGGGUGCCUAUCAGCUCUCAAACUUCUCAGAUAGUGUGAUACGUUCUGAUGUGGAGCAGAUUGAAAUCCAUCCUGACUACUAUCCUUUAACCUCUGCGGAUAUUGCUUUGGUUAAACUGAAGGCUCCUGUGGAAUUCACUGACUACAUCCACCCCAUCAGCCUGCUACACUCUUUGGAAGAAGUCCCCAUGGAUGCAGACUGCUGGGUCACUGGAUGGGGAGACAUUAAAUAUAAUGUGAGUUUGCCAGAUCCCCAAACCCUCCAGGAACUGAAGGUACCACUCAUAAACCGGUCAGCCUGCAACGAUCUCUAUACCAUAGAUCUUGUCAUGCCUGGAAUGCUGUGCGCUGGUUAUGCAGAAGGAGGGAAGAAUGCCGCCGAGGGGGACUCCGGUGGACCCUUGGUUUGCAAACGCGAAGGAGGUUGGACUCAAGUUGGGGUUGUGAGUUUUGGAACAAGGAAUGCUGAGCCCAAACGCCCUGGUGUCUAUACUUCAGUACCUGCCUAUUUCAAGUGUAAUAAUACUUCUGAUUAUAAAGUCCUGCUGGGCGCCUAUCAGCUCUCAAAGCCCUCAGAUAGUGUGAUACGUUCUGAUGUGGAGCAGAUUGAAAUCCAUCCUGACUACGACUACUAUCCUUUAAUCUCUGCGGAUAUUGCUUUGGUUAAACUGAAGGCUCCUGUGGAAUUCACUGACUACAUCCACCCCAUCAGCCUGCUACACUCUUUGGAAGAAGUCCCUAUGGAUGCAGACUGCUGGGUCACUGGAUGGGGAAACAUUAAAGUUGGAGUGAAUUUGCCAGAUCCCCAAACCCUCCAGGAACUGAAGGUACCACUCAUAAACCGGUCAGCCUGCAACGAUCUCUAUAACAGUGCCCCCGUUGAUAGCAAUCCCAUGGAUCCUGUCACGCCUGGAAUGUUGUGCGCUGGUUAUCCAGAAGGAGGGAAGGAUUCCUGCUCGGGGGACUCCGGUGGACCCUUGGUUUGCAAACGUGAAGGAGGUUGGACUCAAGUUGGGGUUGUGAGCUGGGGAGAUGGGUGUGCUGAGCCCAAACACCCUGGUGUCUACACUUCAGUACCUGCCUAUUUCAAGUGGAUUCAAGCAACGACUGGUGCCCUGCAAACAGCUCCAUGA